CGGGGUCGAAAUCAAAGGCAGUACUCUGGAGGCAGCGGUACCAUGUGCAUUAGAACUAUAAUAAGCGGUACUUCUCUUUUCAACAAAGCUGACGCAUUUCCCUCUGAAUGAGAGAAAAGGCUAGGUAAACAGAGGGGACCAAAAUUGGACAUGUAGGUGAAUAGGUAUACUAUUUUAUUGGGUCCUUGGGAUAUAGCCUUAUUUUUUUUCUCUUCAGGAUGGAUCAACCCACUGCCCCUCAUUGAUUAAAUUGAUUUCGACUAGACAGCUAAUUAGCUUGCGGGAGAGGAUGGCGUUUUAUUAACUAACUACAGCAAUAUGCAUAGGCUAGUGUAGCCUACAGUGGCAAGUAAGAUAACAGGGGAAAGUUAAGUGACGCUUGGAGUUCCUGGAGGAUCGUUUUCACUGUCGCACCUAUGAUAACGCACCGGUUAGCAAAUCGUUGCAGUGUGUGCAUGUGAGCAGCAACUGGAGGUGAGUGUGUUUUCUGACUAAGAUGGGGCGCCGGGCCGCUAGUCCGCUAUGAGUGGACAAAUACAUUGUGACUAAGGGUAUGUAACACGAAAAACGUUGUUGUCACAACCGAAGAUGAGGACUCGGCAUUAAAACCUCUCAUCUCCAAAAGGCGCGAAGGAGGUGGCGGCACAAGAGGCAAACAUCCGCUUGAUAUGAGUAGGAAGUCAGUCAAGCAAAUCAGGAGAGAACAAUACACGAUCGAGACUGACUGCGGUGGCAACUAUAAACGGAGUAUAUCUAUAUCCCUCUGAAGGAGCAGCAGCAUACCCUUGACUUUCAUUGCUGCGGGUUUUGUAUCGCUUUUCUAACCUGGAUUUAAAUCAAGAUGAUGGCUCUCUCUACGGACAAAGAGGACAAAAUGCCCAGCUUUUCUACAAUGAAACACGUGUGGAUCUCUGUCUUGCUGGUGUGUAUUACAUGUCACGUGGGUCGUGGCCAGACCACAGCAGAGGCAUUGAAAGAGGCAGAGGCUAAUGACAACAUCACCAUCUUCACCCGGAUACUGGACGGACUGCUGGACGGCUACGACAACAGACUCAGACCAGGACUUGGAGAAAAGGUCACGGAGAUCAAAACCAAUAUAUUUGUCACAAGCUUUGGCCCAGUUUCAGAUACUGAAAUGGAGUACACCAUCGAUGUGUUUUUCCGACAAAGCUGGAAAGACGAGCGCCUGUGUUUCAAAGGACCCAUGGAGAUGCUGCCUCUGAACAACCUCCUGGCCAGUAACAUCUGGACCCCAGACACAUUCUUCCUCAAUGGGAAAAAGUCUAUCGCCCACAACAUGACCACGCCCAACAAGCUACUGAGACUGAAGGAUGACGGAACGCUGCUCUACACCAUGAGGUUAACCAUAUCGGCGGAGUGUCCCAUGCAGUUGGAGGACUUCCCAAUGGAUGCUCAUGCUUGCCCUCUGAAGUUUGGAAGCUGCCCCACUCCCCCUCUCAUCGAUGGCCAUCCGGCAUACAUGGUGAGACGCCUGGUGAGUGUUCGACCUCGGGGCAGGAGUUUCCAGUACCUGGUUGACUGGGAGGGUUAUGACCUGGAGGAGAGGUGCUGGGUCCCUACUAAGGACAUCCUGGACCCGGCCCUCAUCGUUGACUUUCACAGCCGGCAUCCCGGUCAACCAGGUAUGCGCCCAGAUGCCUAUCCAGUCUCUGAGGUGGUGUACCUCUGGCAAACCGGUGCUGCCAAGUCUGUAGUGGUGGCAGAAGACGGAUCCCGUCUCAAUCAGUACCACCUGAUCGGCCAGACCGCAGGCUCUGAGGACAUCUACACUAGUCGAGGACAGUACACAGUCAUGAUGUGUCACUUCUACCUGAAGAGGAAGAUUGGUUACUUUGUCAUUCAGACCUACAUGCCCUGCUUCAUGACCGUGAUCCUGUCCCAGGUGUCCUUCUGGCUCAACCGUGAAUCUGUACCAGCCAGGACCGUCUUUGGUGUCACUACAGUGUUGACUAUGACUACUCUCAGUAUCAGCGCUCGCAACUCGCUGCCUAAGGUGGCCUACGCCACAGCCAUGGAUUGGUUCAUCGCUGUGUGCUAUGCGUUCGUCUUCUCCGCACUUAUCGAGUUUGCCACCGUCAACUAUUUCACCAAGAGGAGCUGGGCGUGGGAUGGCAAAAAGGCCAUGGAGGCUCAGCACCCAAAGAAAAGGGACCCUAUGGUGCUUUCUAAGAAGCCCAACAAUGUCUGUACAGCAGGAGUGAACUACACCCCCAACAUCACUAAGGAUAUCUCUAUCUCCACCAUCUCCAACAGCACCUCCAUACAACUAAGAUCGUCUGAAACAGAAGUCCUGGACCCCAAGAAAACCUACAACAGCGUGAGCAAAAUCGACAAAAUGUCCCGGAUAGUUUUCCCUGUCCUAUUUGGAACCUUUAACCUAGUGUACUGGGCUACUUACCUCAACAGAGAACCGGUCAUCAAAGGAGUCAACAUAUUGGCUCCAACAUAGUGUCUUUGUCAAACACACCACCCUACCUUCAACCGUAUUGGCCUACAAGCUGCUAAAGAAAAUGCUACUGUCUCAGAAAGGAUGGGAGAUGUCAUGGGUUCUGUCUUUCUCAUACUGUCAUUUGCAUGAAGCUUUUAGAGAGAUACUCUACCCAUGUUUGCCUUGAUAUUCCAUCUUUAUACCUACUGUACAUUGCUUUAAUUCAACAAUGACAUUUUGAAAGUGAAAAUCAAUGACAUUUUGAAAGUGAAACCCGACAAGGACAUUUUGAAAUGCUGCAGUGUGGACAUUUGCCCUGGCCUCAAAUGAAUUGAAAACUGUCAUGGCAUUUAUGUUGUUGUUUAUAACCCGGUCAUCUUGAAGAAUAAGAGACUGAGAAACAAAUGCUGUGUUAGUAAUAUGAAGUAAGAUAUUGGAGGCUAGGAAAGUGAGGCUAGGAAAGUAAGGAAAGUGGUGAGUAAUGAUUUUCAGUGUCAUUUCCAGUCAAUUUGGUAAAGUUUGUAUAAUACUGCAGACAAAUCUCUCUUAUCUCUAUUGGAUACAUACGUUGUUAUACUUUUGUCAUUUUUGCCCAUCUCACAUGUACUGUUUGUACAAUUUAAAAUGUUACUAUUUCUUACCUCUAUCUAUAUAAUGUACAGAUUAAUAAUUUUUUUUGACAAACGUGGGUCUAACUGUGGAGACAGAGGCCAAAUAAGCUAGCAAGAUACAACGCUGUGAUGUAAUUGAUGAUACAGUCUAAUCAACCUAGGUGAAAGUGCACAGUCGGAACAUUCUAAGCAUUACCAAGUUAUAAAAUGGUUGGUUGAUUAGGUCUGACUUUUUCAAUUGCAAUGAAAGCGUUUUCCCUAAGCUAGAGGGAGUGGAUGCCUACUUAGAAGUUUUGAGCUGACCCUUUGUCGUGAAAGGUUGAACUCGUAUACUGUAACAGGAUCCGUUUUCAGGGUCGUGUUCCUUAGCAAUCAAAUGGGGAAAAAAAACAGACUGAAACAUGGAUGCACUUCCUGGAUUUGUUCAAUAAGAAACACUUAUUUCAUUUACCGUUUCAAAACAUUUUGCCACAGUUUGCCCUACUGAACACAGCCCUUCUACACUGCUGUCCUAUCCUCAUUGUGUCAUGACCAGAUUGGCCCCAGUCCCUGAAGUCUGCUAGGGUUGAAUUAGCCUGGGAUAAUGAGCUUGUACCUGUUAAACACUCUAUCUGAUAUGGCCCCUGGAGAGAGAACGAACCACAUGGGACUGACCACCCACCCUCACCCCAGGCCCAGAGCGCUUUGUUCAGGGUACGGAAAGGAGAGCAUGUGGGUACGGCUCCGGGGCAUGGUGCCUCUGUGGUAACACCUACUUUCUUGUUACAGACUCAAGAGAUCGAGAUGUGGUAUCUUUUUUUCUUUUUUUUAAAGAGAAAGAAAGAAUGAAAGAUGAAACACGAAAUAAUACGUUUGUGCUUCAAGGCCACCGUACUGGAGAGAGAAAAAGAAUCCCCACUUCAGUAAAAGAUGGAGAUACAGCCUAUAUGAAACAAGCUGUUCCUGAGAAUCACACAAACUCGUCGACACAGCGUGUACAGAGAGAAAAUAGAUGGAUAAUUAUGGAUAUGAUGAUGGAUAACAUUAGUGACGGAUGGAUAAUUUAAAUGUCACUGACGUUACAGUUCUCAUUAAAGUAUCGUGUUGUAGAUAACGCAAUAACUGAACAUGCAUUAUUAUUAAUGAUUUUAUAUUCAAAUCUCCGAGGCAACAAAGACAUCCUUCAUGUAUAUAGAGACAGUGACUAAAAUACCCCUUUAUUUGUAUGUCUCUAUGUGACAUCUUGUGUUAAAGGAAUAAUCCA